AUGCUUCAACCUGAGGAUACUGCAGUGGAAGACGAGAUGCAGGGCACUCAAUCAGCUAGUGACAAAAAUGUUUCAGAAAAGCUUGAGGGCGAUCGCAUCUCGGUCGAAGAUACGAACUCUGCGUCACAACCUCCUCUGGACAAGAAGAUGUGGACUACAGUCAGUGCGUUCAUGGUCUCAAUUCUUCUGGCCAACCUGGAUCAGACAAUUGUUGCAACCGCUUUGCCUAGGAUUGCGUCUCAGUUUGACAAACUUUCUCAGUCUGCAUGGGUCACGACCUCCUAUUUGCUCACCUUUGCCGGUCUAAUGCUAUUCCAAGGCCAGCUGCUAACAUUGGCGCCAGCAAAAUACAUCUACCUGUGCUCUCUCAUAGUCUUUGGCAUAGGGAGCCUCAUUUGUGCUGUUGCCCGAUCUUUUCCCGUACUCAUCUUUGGCAGAGCGGUUGCCGGAACUGGAGGUGCAGGGGUGGUCAAUGCGGUCCUUGUUAUCAUUGCUCAAAAUUCGAGAAUUGAAGAUCGGACGAUGCUGUUCAGUUUGCUCGGUAUGAUGCACGCCUUGGCAUCUAUUGUAGGCCCGCUGAUAGGCGGCACAUUCACCGAUCAUGUUACGUGGCGCUGGUGCUUCUUCAUUAACCUACCCUUUGUAGGUGUUAUCAUGGUCGCGGUGUUCUUCUUUCUCAAGACGCGCCGAGCUCUAGGAAGAGAGAGGGACGAGCCAGCUCGCCGCUUCGAGCUGGUGCGCAGGCUAGACUGGGUUAGCGCUGUCCUCAGUCUCGCAUCUGUCGUGGCCCUGCUCCUUCCUCUUCAAUGGGGUGGAGCAACUUAUGCAUGGGAUAGUGCAGUGAUCAUUGCUCUGUUUGUUGUGUCUGGUGUGCUCAUGGUAUCAUUUGUGGCUUGGGAGUAUUACAGGGGCUCAUCAGCCCUCCUUCCACUUCGUCUUUUCUUGAGCCGUACCCAGGUCGGGACUCCCUUAGAAUCUGCAUUCAUUGGGUUGGGUCUUUUGAAUGGAACCUACUAUCUACCUUUGUGGUACCAGGCCCAGGGGCACAGCGCGACCAAGUCAGGAGUGGAUAUCCUGCCAUUUAUGUUGUCUGUUAUCAUAGCGUCAAUUGUGUCCGGUGCAAUUAUCAAGAUGACUGGCCGUUAUUGGCAUGUCCUCGUGCUCUCCCCUCUACUGUGCAGCAUAGGUGCGGGGCUGCUCUCAAGCCUCACCCUCAAUACCCCGAACUCGCAUGCCAUUGGGUUUCAGAUCAUCUAUGGUGUCGGUAUCGGUGGUGCUAUGCAGAAUGUCUUCAUCACAUGUCAAGCAGAGUGGGAAGGCCGGGAUGGCCUGCUCGCACAGGCGACGACCGUUCUGACCUUCACCCAGAACCUGGGUGGAGUUAUUGGAGUUUCAAUUAGCGGCAUGAUCUUCACGAACUUGCUCCGCACGAACCUGCACGUGUACGCACCACAGUUGCCUGCGAUGCUCGCCAUGGCUGUCGAGCAGAGCGUUACGGCGAUCACGGAGGUUGCCCCGGACAUGCGCGAAGCGGUCCUGCAUGCGUACACGCUCAACAUUAGUCGCGUGUUCCUUAUCGGCGUGCCUGCGGGCGCGCUGGCCAGUCUCUCGGGAAUGCUGGUUCGGAACAUGCGCUUGCAGGAUGGGAAGGCGGCUGAGGUUACAUCUUGA